AUGAUCGCUAUCGCGCACACCCGCCGCCGCCUCAUCCUAACCCUCGCCCUAGUCUCGCUCCUCGGAAUUUUUCACCUGAGCCCCAGCUUCUUAGCUUUAGCCUCCUUACCAUGGACCGCAUCAAGGGCUGAUCUCACCGCACCAGUCAAGGCUCGCCGUAUAACAAAAGCCUCGAUGCUCUAUGGACCCCGCAACGUGUUCUACGAACGCGCAUUGCAGACCCACCGCCGCCAUGCCCAGAAAUGGGGGUAUGGGAUGGAAGUCCUCCAGAAUGAGAUUGCGAAGGGGUACUGGAAUAAGCCGAGUUACUUGCUUGCGCUGCUGAUAAGGGAGCUGAGCAAGCCCGUCAACGAGCGGGUCGAAUGGCUGAUGUGGGUGGACGCCGACUCGAUAAUCAUCAAUUCCCUCAUACCGCUAGAGCUGUUCCUCCCCCCGUCGACGUUAGAUGGGAUCCACAUGGUCGCGUCCAAAGACCACAAGGGUCUCAACACAGGGAUCUUCUUUCUCAGGGUCCACGAAUGGAGCGUCAGGUUUCUCAUAGAGACACUGGCCUACCCGAUUUACAAUCCCGGCGUCGAUCUAGACCUGCAGGGGCAACGCGGGAACAUGUUGGUGCAUUUCCCGGGGCUUGGGGAGAAACGCUGGGAGCAUAUGGAGACUUGGUUGGAUCUGGUCGAGAGGGGGGUAGGGGGCUGGGAGGUUCCGGUGCAGGAGACUUGGUACUUGGAGGAGACGGAGAGGUUUUGGAAGCGGGUUCAGGAGGCAAGACAUAUUAUUGGAGAGUACGAGAGGAUGAAAGAGCUGAGGGAGAAACCGGGGUCGGGUCAACGAGACAGGGACGGAGAGUCAGAGACAGACAGACUUGUCGGAGAGUUGAGCAGGGCCUUGUAUGAGGAACCAUUUGAAGGGAAGACGUUGCAGCAGAGGAUCGAGACGCUCCGUAGAUUUUUCGAUAGCGCAUGA